UUUCGUCGACUGUUUCGGACUUUGUUUACAAACAGUCGCAGAAUCACAGGACGAAGGGAAAGUUUUAAUCAAAUCCUGCAGAAUGUCGGGCGCAUCGGAGGCAGCGGAUGGCAACGAGAAGAUCCAGUGCCGGCUGUGUGCCGAGUACGAACGCACCAAAUACCUCAUUGACAUUUUUGGACGCGAAGGAACGAAACACAACCUGGACUUAAAAAUCAGAAAGUGCUUGCCUAUCGUCGUGCAAGAAGACGACGGGAUGCCUCGGAUGGUGUGCAUUGACUGCAUCAACCGGCUAGACAUGGUGGCUGUGUUCGUCGAGUCGUGCAUGCGCUCGCACCACCAGUUCAUCAACGUGCUGACCAACGAUCCGAGGCGGCGGGUGUCCGGUCCAGUCUUUUUCGGGAAUGAUGAGACGGUAGCUGUCGAAGAGGUGCUGAUCAAAGCCGAACCUAUGUCCGAAGAGGACGAAAUCGAUCUCGAGGACCUGCCGCACGUGCUGCAGCGCAAGGACCCCAUUGGCGGGGGUGCCGGCAGCGGAAACCCCAGGGUCGCCCAGGUCUUUUCCAUUGACAGAGACGACGUGCCAACGGAAGAGGUCUCGACCAUAUUCAUCAAGGCUGAACCUGUUGACGUGAACGAGGAGGACUAGUUCCAAAGCAAAAGUACGCUUGCAAAUUCCGCAUUUCCACACAAUAUGUUAUAAUGUAUGUACCGAUUUUAAUUGUCUAAAGUCUAAAAUAACGGAUUUGGACGUGGAGACGUGGAUACAAAUAAAGACCUAAUUAUAAGUUACAAAUUAAA